AUGGCGGUUUGUUUGGUGCCGGAUUUCCCAGCUGUAAGGAUUGCCUUAGAGCAUUUGGGCGAGUUAGAUAAACGACUGAGGGAAGAAGGGGUUUCAUUUAGUCAAGAAGCAAGUCACCACCUGAGAGAGACAGCUGAAGCCAUUAAAGAGCUGGAAUUAUCUAGAAAAAUAGCACGCGAGAAACUUGAAAUUGAAACUAUUGAGACAAGCAAGCUUCGACAUCGAACAAUGAACCUAGAGGAUGACAUCAGAAGUGAAAUAUCAGCUUGUGUCACUGCAGCGAGAGAAGACAAUGCUGCAGAGAUUAAUCGACUUCAGUCUGAGCUGAAAACUGUAGUAGAUGACAUACAAUCCAUGGAGGAGAAGCAACAACACAUUGAACAAGAAAAUGCUGCUCUGAUUCGGGAGAAAGAAAACAUUAAAGGAAACUAUGAAGAUGAUGUUGACCAGAUGAAUCAGCAGCUGUCAAACAAAGCUAGUAUACAGAUGAUGUUAACAGAAAAACAGAAUGAGAUUCAGUCACUGAAGGACAAAAUUGUCCAGGUGAAAACGGCCCAACAGGACCUAAAAGAACACAUGAUUCAGAAGAGUAAAACAUUUGCUGACAGCAAACAUGCUGUGGAAAUAGAGAUAGAGGAAAUUGCUCUUAAGAUUAAAGAACAAAGAAAAAUCAAUGCAGGAACACGCAAGGAGCUGGAUAUCUUUACAUCAGAACUCCAAGACAAGGAGGAGACAAUCACACAGUGUAAAAAACAUAUAUCCCAGAUGGAGAAAAACAUCGCAAGAAUGGCAGCAUCUAAAAUUAUGUACAAAGAAUGGCUUCAUGAGGAGAAAAGUCAGAAAGACGAACUUGAUCGUCAAACGGAGUCUCAUGAGCGUGAACUUCUUGAACUGGCAGAAGCAAUUGAGCAGAAAGUUCAGGUCCUUCAGGAGCAGAUGGUGGAGAUUGAAUAUGAGAUAAAGGAAGAACAGAAAGUGAAAAGUGCUCUAUCAGAGCCCCUCGCUAAACUGUCAGACAUCUUCAGCACUCAGAGGAAAGAGGAAGAUGAUGUGAUUGCUGAACAACACAGUCUGUCCAAACGGUUAGAGGAGAAUAAACUGAGACAUGAUGAAGACGUUAUAUCCAUUGCCAAAUGUAGAUUUGAAAUCAAAAACAUGAAAGAAGAGAUGAGACAGCUUCACGACGCUAACAUAAUCAAUGCAGAUAUGUUCAAAAAAACUCUGGAGGAACUGGAAGGUCAGUUGGCCAAACACAACACGAGCAGGGCAGCGGUUGAAGCUGAGAGAGAGAAAAUAGAUCAAUCUCGCAAAACCCUUAAAGAGGAAAACGAGGAGUAUGUAAUGGAGAUCAAUGCAGCCAUCGAGCAAACAGAGAAGAGAUAUGGAGAGCUGCUUGAUGAGAAGAAGAAACUCCAGAACCAUAUAUUAUUGAAUUUGGUGAUAAAGGAUCUUGCAGAAGAGCUGGCAAAUUUAGAGGAAGUGGGAAAACAACUGGAAAUGAACUACCAGGCUGAAAUUCAACAUCUUACAAGGGAUGUAGAAUCAAUCACUCAAGCUCAUACGGAGAAAGAGCAGGAGCUCAAGGACCAGGAGUCGAUUUUAGAGACGGUGGAGUCUCAGUUUGACAUUGACCACCUCAAACAUCAGACUUUAAAAAAACAAAUAACAGAGCUGGUAGCCCAAAGAAAACAUCUUGAGGUCUCCAUUGAGGAGGUCACAAAACAUACUGCUGCUCUCCUACAACCAAAGGAAGAUCUGAAAAGAGAGUUAAUGACUUUGAGGGCCAAGCAUAUGGAGAUGCUAACUACCAACGCUGCAGUGAUCAGUGAAGUCGAAAAAAGCAUCUAUGAGAAUAAGGUCAUGCUGGAGCAAGUUACGGUGGAAAACAGUCGCCUGCAUGUGCGCAUUGAACAAAUGAAGGAGGAAAUAUUGGAUGCAAAGAAAGACAAGGAAAAAUAUAUGCAAGAGGUCGAAUGGAUGAACGAGGAAGUGCAGUCCCUCUUUAAGACUCUAACAGAUACCUGGAAUUCAAAUAUGCUGCUUAAUGAGAAAUCUGCAAAUCAAGACCAAAAGAUUGUGGAGAACAUAUACAAUCUCAUAGUGAGGAUUCAAGAAAGAAAACAUCACGUCAGCGACAUCAACAACAGACUGGAGAAAGAGUUAGUAGGCAUGAGCUCCGUGUUAGAGAAGCCAAACUUCAAAAACACUUAG